AUGGAAAAGGGUGGAAUGGUGGAGUCCAGCACAGGCAUCAAGGAGGCAUCAGUGGAGAGACGACAGUCAAUAUGGACAGGACCACUGAAGAAACAGCUGGCCUUAGAGAACAGCUACUGUGUGUUUUCCCAGUUCACUCUCCAGGACACGACCACUCAUGUCGGUGCUCUGGCCGUGGUGUGUGUGGUCCUCUGUCUGAGCGCUGUCCUGCUCGUCUGUCUGCCCUGGCUGGCCACCAUGAGGCGCUGUGGAGGAGCGCUGGCGCUCUUCGUCUGGGGCUCGCUCUACACCACGGCCAUGGUCUUCGUCUUCACUGGCGGGCCUGUGUCAGCAUGGGAACAAGUGGCGUUUUUCCUCUUCCUGUCUCUGAGUGUGUACACCGUGCUGCCUCUCUCUCUGGCCUGGGCCCUCAUGGUUGGGAUAGGAACCAGUGUCUCACACAUCAUCAUCAUCAGUGUGUAUGUCCCCGUCACCAGGCCAGACACACCGCAGCUGGCUGAGCAGCUGGUGGCGAAUGCCGUACUGUUCAUUUGUGUGAACUGCAUCGGGUUGUUUCACAUGUGGAUGGCCAAGAGAGAUCUCAGGAAGUCCAAUCAGAAGAGGCAAGAGUUCAGCGCCAUACGCUUGCAGAAGGAAGUCAAAAACUAUCAGCAGGAGGGGCUUCUUCUGUCGGUGUUGCCUCGCUACAUCGCCGAAAAGCUGAAAGACGAGGUGAUAAAGAAGCUUUCUAAAUCUGAAGGACAAGUGGACAACAAAACCACCCUAACCAACUUUCACAGCUUUAUUGUGGAGAAUCACAAAAAUGUCAGCAUCCUGUACGCAGACAUCGUGGGCUUCACAAAGCUGGCCAGUACCUGUUCUCCAGAGGAACUGGUUUCUGUUCUCAACAAGCUUUUUGGCAAAUUUGAUGACAUUGCAAAGAAGAACGGCUGUCUUCGCAUUAAGAUCCUGGGUGACUGCUACUAUUGUGUAUCUGGUCUGCCAUAUCCCAUUUCUACCCAUGCUGAGAACUGUGUUCAGAUGGGGCUGGACAUGUGCACUGCCAUCAGUGACCUGCGAGACGUGACAGAGGUGGACAUCAACAUGAGGGUUGGCGUUCACACUGGUAAUGUGCUCUCCGGUGUGAUUGGCCUGCAGAAGUGGCAGUACGACGUGUGGUCAGAUGACGUCACUUUGGCCAAUCAGAUGGAGUCUGGGGGUGUUCCCGGGCGAGUCCACAUAACCGAGGAAACGCUGCAACACUUGAAUGGAAACUACGACGUGGAAGAUGGUAAUGGAGAAAGUCGAAAUCCUCUUCUUAAAGGAAAAAAAACGUACCUUGUGAUUGACCCCAACAAGCCACGCAGUAUUUCUCGGAGGCCUAAAGCAGUAGGUGUCAUUAUGGCUGUGAACAGGCUUGUUUCAGAAGAGAACAUUAAGCGGGCAUCUCUCCGGAUGUCUCAGUACCUCCAGUCGUGGAAAACCGUCCAUCCUUUUGAAGAACUCAGGAACCCUGAAAAAAAGAAGCUUUUUAAGCCUUUUAAAGCCGCCAUAAAGCGAUCUCAUCUGACACAGGAAGGACCAUCUUAUCGUAACAACCCUAACCGUCUCUCUGUUGACAGCAGUGUGAAGGGAUCACAGGACACAGUGGACAUUAUAGGGAAGGGCAUCCAGUGCAAAAACGAAUGCCAAGUCUUCAUGCGAUUCUUCCUCCCAGGAACUAACUUCACCUCAGUGGCUAACAUCACAGAGUUAGAAGGAUUCAGGCUGUAUACUGUACCUUACUACCUGUACUGCUGCCUGCUGGCCAUGCUGGGAGUCAUCGUGUUUGUCAAGAUCUGCUUCUCUGUGAAGUUCCUGCUGCUCACCCUGGCUGUAGUGGUUUACCUGGCCCUCUUCCUCUAUGUUUAUGUCCAGAGGUCCUACUCUCUCAUCGACCUGCUGAAAAUGAAUCACAGUGGCAAAAUGAUCGGUGUCCUGAAGGACCCUCUGAUCAUGUCGGGGGUUUGGCUGGUCAUCUUUUACUUUGUGUGCCUCAUACUGAUCAGACAGGACGAGCUGACUUGUCGUGUGGAUUUCCUGCUGGACAGAUGUUUCAAAACAGAACAAGAGGAGAUGGAAACCAUCGAGAACAUCAACAAGCUGCUGCUGGACAAUGUCAUGCCGCCUCAUGUCGGCUCUUUCUUCAUGGGCAAAGCUGUUAGCAAUCAACACCUGUACAGUCAGUCGUACGAGUGUGUGUGUGUGAUGUUUGCAUCCAUCCCUCAGUUCAAAGACUUUUACACAGAGAGCAGCGUUAACGGAGACGGUCUGGAGUGUUUGCGCUUGCUCAACGAAAUGAUCGUCGACUUCGACGAGCUUCUGAUGAAGCCCAAGUUCUCCUCAGUAGAGAAGAUUAAGACGAUCGGCAGCACGUACAUGGCUGCUGUAGGACUGGCACACUUACCCCAAGGAGAAGACAAUAAGAAAGUUGAUGUGACCUACAGCCAUGUGCGCUGCAUGCUGGAGUUCGCCCUCGCCAUGAGGGGCAAACUGGAGCAAAUCAACUCCCACUCCUUUAACAGCUUCAAAUUCAGGAUCGGAAUUAACCACGGCCCGGUGAUUGCAGGAGUGAUCGGAGCCCAUAAACCCCAGUAUGAUAUCUGGGGGAACACGGUUAACGUUGCCAGCAGGAUGGACAGCACGGGGCUGCUGGACAAGAUACAGGUGACAGAGGAAACAUCCCAGAUUAUCCAGAGCAUCGGAUACGACGUCACGCUCCGAGGAGCGAUCACCGUGAAGGGCAAAGGGGAGCUCACCACCUACUUCGUUAACACGGACUAGUCGACCCCUCAGUUCUGGUCCGACCUGAGCUGCCUGAUCCUCAUCUGGUGCAGCA